UCACGUCCUCUGCAAGUGUUUUUGAGUCAUUGGAAAGAGUUUGUCCCUUGUACGUCUUUCCCUAUGGAAGCUUUGCCUUGCAACAGAUGAUCAACUCCAAUUUUCACAACCCCAUGGCACACAAAAUGUCACCUUUCUUUGUUCUGCUUCUAUUAGCCUCUUCCUUGAUCCAUGGGUAUGCUCAAUUUCAACCCAAAAACGAAGCUUUUAUAUCCUUGUCGAUUACCCAAAAUGGCCUUGAUUUUGUGAAGGACUUGCUGGUAAACAAGGCAAUUUCCUCAUUAGUUUCACUCCGAUUGCCCAAUAUUGAAAAGACUUCGAAGAUCCCAGUUGUGGGUAAUGUGUACAUGGUUCUUUCCAACAUCACUAUUUAUCAAAUCGAUGUUCCUUCAUCGCAUGUCAAGCCUGGGGAGACUGGGAUUUCCAUUAUAGCUUCUGGGGUUACUUGUAAUUUGAGCAUGAAUUGGUAUUACUCUUAUAAUACUUGGCUUGUGCCUGUUGAGAUUUCUGACAAAGGUAGAGCAGAAGUUCAGGUUGAAGGCAUGGAAGUUGGACUUGCAUUGGGUUUGGAGAACCAGGAAGGGUCUUUGAAGCUGAAACUGAAGGACUGUGGAUCUCAUGUUAAAGAUAUUUCAAUAAAAUUAGAUGGAGGUGCAUCUUGGCUUUAUCAAGGGAUAGUAGAUGCUUUUGAAGGGCUGAUUGGAUCAACAGUGGAAAAUGCUAUCAAUAAGAAACUUACUGAAAGGAUUUCAAGACUUGACUCAUACUUGAGAAGUCUUCCAAAGGAGUUUCCAGUCGAUGAUCACACUUCAUUGAAUGUAACCUUUGUCAAUGAUGUUUUAUUUAGUGAUUCAUCAGUUGGAUUUGAAACCAAUGGUUUAUUUAUAGAAAGAAGUGUUUCCCUACCUAUUCCUGACCUCUAUGACAAGAACUCAAAACUUCCAAUUCUCUGCACAAAUUCAUCAAAAAUGCUUGGAAUCUCUUUAGAUGAGGCUGUUUUUAAUUCGGCAUCAUCCUUGUAUUAUGAUGCGAAGUUUAUGCACUGGAUUGUGGACCAAAUACCGGAUCAAUCUCUACUGAACACUGCAGGAUGGAGAUUUAUUGUUCCCCAGCUGUACAAGAAAUACCCAAAUCAUGACAUGAACUUGAAUAUAUCUUUAUCUUCUCCUCCAGUUGUGGAGAUUUCAAAUCAGAAUGUUGGUGCCAAUGUAUUUGCAGACUUAACAAUUGAUGUUCUAGAAGAAGACGAAGUAAUACCAGUGGCGUGCAUCUCAUUGGUAAUUCAAGGCACGGGUCUGGUCAAAAUCAAUGGAAACAACCUCGUUGGUGCUGUUAAAUUGAAUGACUUUAACAUGUCAUUGAGAUGGAGCAAUAUUGGCAAUCUGCGGAUGUACCUGAUUCAGCCAGUUGUGUGGACGCUUAUUGAAACUGUGUUCUUGCCAUAUGCAAAUGCACAUCUCAGUAAAGGGUUACCUUUGCCCAUCAUUCAUGGUUUCACCUUACAAAAUGGGGAGAUAAUAUUGUCAACUUCAAGAGUUGCAGUUUGCAGUGAUCUAGCAUUUGCAGCAGAAUCAAACAAGCGUUUCUUCGAUAUUUCAAUGAUUAGAUAAAAAAAAGUGUUUUGUAAAUGGAUUGUAAAUAUUUCAAGUGAGAAACUAAGAUUAUAAAUCAACCUGUGUAACAUUUCAUUUGUACUUGUUUACGUGAUGGGUCAACCAUCUAUUCAAACUUUGAUACGAAUAGUUGCAUCAUAAGUUAUCAUGUAAAUAGAUGUUUUCUCAUGAAAAAGGACAUACUGUGUAACCUAAAUAUCUCAAUUUCAAUAAAUUCUUACGGAUCAAUACUAUGAAUAAAUAGUUUUAAUGGAGAAU